AUGUCUCGCAGGCUGCUUACGCUUCUCUCUGUGGCGGCCAUUGCCAACGCCGUGGGCAACUUGACCAGCAACGGAUGCGCUGAUGCUCCUGGAUUUCAGAGCUGUCAAAACGUCGCAAAUCAAAAGAUCGACGCCUGUUUCUCAAAAACCAAGGGCGACGGGGUAGCUCAGCAGGCCUGUGCGUGCGAAGACUAUAUCCUGAACUACAACUGCUAUGCGGCGCACUGUUGGAACCGUGUCUGGGAAUGCGAGUACCAAGAAUACCUCGUCUCGUAUCUCAUGGACUGUCCUAUCGCCAAGUUACCUGUUCCGUAUUUUCCCAUUCCGGACAAUGCUGCCGGUGCUUGCUCAUGCAACGUCGGCAAGGUGUACAAAGCUAUUACAGACAGCAUAACCCAGGGCGCGAGCUGCAUGAAAAACGUACAUGGCGCGGAUACCAUUCUACGCGGUGACAAGAUUGGCGCUUGUGGCUGUUGCGAAAUCAGCGGCGCCAUGUCGAGUAUUUUCGAGAUAUGUCCCGACACGAAACCCGAUUUAGUCGGCAUGGCCUCGGUAUCCAAGAUCCAGACCCAGCUCGACAUCAACUUCCGCGAAUGCCAGCCGAUGACCAAGAUCAACUGCGCAUCAGAUCUCAACUUCUCGUUGGCAGGCGUGAGCACAUAUUUCCCGCCUAGCAGCUUGCCUACCAGUGGCACCGCGACUUUGAGCAACAAUCCUGGAUCUGUUACUGCACCACCGAGCGGCUCCGUCUUCUCCUAUACGAAUGGGGGCGACAAGGUCAUUUACACGAUUACUGCGGCUUCAGCGAGCAAUGGAAAGGAUUCUGAAUCUGGGGCUUCCAGCUCUGCUGCAGCCACCACGGCUUCAAAGAAGAGCGCAGCUGCGUCUGUUAUGGUGCCGAAAGGCUUGAACAUAGCAACUAUUGGGUUUUCUCUCGCGGCAGGGGCAAUGGAAUGGUUGUCAUAUUGA